UAUUCUUGCGCCUUCGGUUUGGGAAGGUGAACUGAUCGCCAGGACCGUGUACCAGGGUUUUAACACAAAAUUCUGCAUUUUUCCAAAGUCGUCACCGCGAACGAUCUGCAUCUUUAAUGGACUAUUAACGCCGACGACACCGUGAGGGACAAUGUUAAUGCAUCAUUUGCUUAACCGUCCACAAAUGCCUUGAUCUCGCAGGGACUUCGCAACAGUGCCGUAACUCGCGCAAAAUCGGCACAAGACAGGACUUUUUGUUUUUCAUUGGUGAAUAUGGCAAAGCGACUGCACUGAACUGGAGCCGAGGUUUGCAACACACUGUUGCAAAAUUUUUGAAGAAGAACACGAUGCUCUCCCUCUCGCGUGCCCCGUAACUGCUUCCAUUCAUUCAGUCCAGCUUGGCUCGAGCGCCGUCUUCUCUCCUGGAGAUUUUCCUUCCAGUUUCCUCUCAAUUAUGUUCACUUUCGCUGCCUUUUGUUAUAUGCUUUCCCUCGUCCUCUGUGCUUCUCUCAUCUUCUUCGCGAUCUGGCAUAUAACCGCCUUUGAUGAGCUUCAGGCAGACUUCAAGGUGCCGAUCGAUCAGGGAAAUCCACUUCAUGCGCGUGAAAGACUUCGAAAUAUAGAGAGGAUCUGUUGCCUGCUGAGAAAGUUGGUGCUUCCAGAGUACUCUAUCCAUGGACUCUUCUGUAUCAUGUUCCUGUGUGCUCAGGAGUGGCUUACUGUAGGCCUGAAUAUCCCUCUGCUCUUCUACAACACAUGGAGGUACUUUCACAGCCCCACAGACACUAAGGAGCUUCUCUACGAUCCAGCAUCAGUCAUGAACGGAGACACCCUCAAAUUCUGCCAAAAAGAAGCCUGGUGCAAGAUGUCCUUCUUUGUCCUCUCAUUCUUCUACUAUCUCUACUGCUCAUUUGCCACCUUCAAGUAAACAGAUCAAAAUAACUUUGAAUAUGGCCCACAACCAAGAUCUUGUUAUGAUCUACUCCUUGGUGACUUCAUAACAGAGUUCUCAACACUGCUGAUAAGACACUGUUUCUUGAAAGCUCUAAACUAAAUUUGGAUUUAAAAAAAGAGCACCGCUAGACACAAGUUCGACACACUGCAGUGUCUGAACCUACAGAGAAGACUUGACCCCAUCUUCCCAGAGUAUCAGAAGAACCCAGUGUUGUUUACAGAUCUGACUCAACGCCCUAGAUGUCUCAUGGACCUGGUGUGACGCGCUUUUCACAAGCUCACAGUAACAUUUGCACAGAUUGUCUCAGGCAUAGCACAACAUGUCCUUUACCACUCUGAGGCACAAAAACUGCCAACCUUUACACUCACUAUAUGUAGCUUCAAAUUCAUGUCGGGUUAAAACUAAGAAAAGAAAAAGAUGGCUAACUUGAUCAGAGAAUGUUUCAUUUUUACCAGUCACACACUAGGCCACUGGGUUUGAUUAAGUGAGAAGCUUUUGUGAUAUAUUUUGUGUAUCUGUGCACUCCUAAAAUAAGCGUUUUUUUAAUAUGAAAUACUUAUCUGUUGCAUUACUUGUGUACAUAAAGAACUUUGUGUAAUGCUAUGCUGUGUUGGUGUCCGUGGGUUGAGUUGUUUUUGGACUUUAUAUCUACAAAUGCUGAUAUCGAGGCUUUGUUAUAGAAAACAAGAGCCACUUUUCCACAAUUUUGCACAAAGUUGUUAUGAGUUUGCACAGUAGAUACAGUUAUUGGUUGUGGUGGAAAAAAAGUCAUAUUUAUAUACCCAGUAUGAGUCUUCCAAUAUAUUACAGUGCAUCAAAAUAACACAGAUUUUCAUUCUAGGGAAGAAAUUAAAACCACAGCUCAUGAUCUACGCAUUUCACUUUCUUAUUUUGUAUUAUCAUUAUUAUAUUAACUGUAUUACUGUUAUACGACAAGGUCAGCAAUACUGAAACAAGUUAUUUGAGGAACCGUCGGAUGAGUUUGUCUCUAUCUAUCUAUCUAUCUAUCUAUCUAUCUAUCUAUCUAUCUAUCUAUCUAUCUAUCUAUCUAUCUAUCUAUCUAUCUAUCCUCUUAUUUUUUUGGGUCGUAAAAAAAAAUCUCCAAACACACAGUUAACAAGAGUGUUUCUGAUUACUGCUUUCUACAUUUUUUUAAACUAUGUUGUUGGAUCAGUUAGGCUUACUGUCUGAAGUAACCACAUGAUGCAUAUAAGCAUAAACCCCUCAAAACAUCUAUAUGUGAUGCUUUGGGUAAGCAGCAUAUAAUGCAGAGUACUGAAAAUAACAGUAUUAGACACACUACAUCAUUUUCAUUGCCGUGUAGGGGAUAAUAAUACCAGUCCCCAGCAGUACUAUACUAUGCUGCUGUCAUGUAGCCUGCUGUCUUUUGUAUGCCUUAUGUAGUUACACAUAUGAUGACCAAACAUUUUCUAUAUCUUUAUUGUGGACGUGUUCACCCAUCCAAAUAUCAUUUGUAUAUUAAAUA